GUGAACGUCAGCUCUGAGAAGUUCUGCAUUUAUCAUACUUCACGCUAAGCCACAGCAGAAGACAGUUGCAAGGCCAAGGUCCAUAUCGAUCCGGGAGGUGAGCCCCACUCUGGCCCUUGACUCAGCAACAUGGAACUGGUCCAGGAUACCGUGCGCCAACCUCUGGUUUAUGUGAAGGGGGUCCCUCUCAUCAAGUGCUUUGCAGACACACUGGGGCCACUGCAGAGCUUUCAAGCGAGGCCCGAUGACCUGCUCAUCAGCACCUACCCCAAAUCUGGCACCACCUGGGUGAGUGAGAUCCUGGACAUGAUAUACCAGGGAGGUGACUUGGAGAAGUGUCGCAGGGACCCCAUCCUCAUCCGGGUGCCCUUCCUUGAGUUCAGCAUGCCAGGGUAUCCCACAGGUAUGGAAGUUCUGAGAAGUACACCAGCCCCACGGCUCCUCAAGACACACUUGCCCCUGGCCCUGCUCCCCCAGUCCCUUCUGGAUCAGAAGGUCAAGGUGGUCUACGUUGCCCGAAACGCAAAGGAUGUGGCCGUCUCCUAUUACCACUUCUACCGCAUGGCCAAGGUGCACCCUGACCCUGGCACCUGGGACAGCUUCCUGGAGAAGUUCAUGGCUGGGGAAGUGUCCUAUGGGUCCUGGUACCAGCAUGUGCGGGAGUGGUGGGAGCUGAGUCGCACCCACCCUGUUCUCUACCUCUUCUACGAGGACAUACAAGAGAACCCCAAAAGGGAGAUUCAGAAGAUUCUGAAGUUUGUGGGACGCUCCCUGUCUGAGGAGACAGUGGAUCAGAUUGUAAAACACACAUCGUUCAAAGAGAUGAAGAAGAACCCCAUGGUUAACUACACCACCAUGUCCGCUGAUGUCAUGGACUGCAGCGUUUCUGAAUUCAUGAGGAAAGGCAUCACAGGGGAUUGGAAAACCAUGUUCACUGUGGCCCAGAAUGAACGCUUUGAUCCCCACUAUGCUGAGAAGAUGGCAGGCUGCGACCUCAACUUCUCCUUGGAGCUGUGAGUGGUGGUCACCGGAAUACCUCCACAGGGAGUAGAAUGAAAUUAGCCUGGCAAUGGCCUCAAGAAUAAAAUA